GAGAGAGUCAGUGGUUUCCAUGGUGAUGGAGCUGAAAGUGCAGGAAAUUUAAAGGCUUGGACCUUGCGAGACAGACAAACCGGUGCCAACGUGCGCGGACGCCACCACCGCUGCUGGAGUCCUCCGGACAGAGCCGGCCUCGGAGCCCGAGCAGCCGGAGGAAAGCACCCCCAGGACCCGCUCGGCCAGCGGAGCAGCACAGAGCAGCAGGACUAAGAGCAGCGAGAAGAGGAGGAGGGGAGAGCGGCUCGUCCACGCGCCCUGCGCCGCCACCGGCCCGGGAAGGCAGCGAGGAGCCGGCGUCCCCCGCGCCUGCGGUCGCUCUGGAGUAAUUUCGGAUACCUCGCCGCAACCGCCUUCCCGAACAGAUCCGCGAGAGGAGUUGCAGCUAACUUGUGUGCCGUCUUUCCGCCCCGGUGGGAGCCGGCGCUGCGCGAGGGCUCUCCCGGCGACUCACGCUGCGGGCCCUGCGCCUGCCCAGCCUCGGGUGAGCGGCAAGAGAGACGGAGGAGUGCAGCGGCGCUGCGGGCUCGGCGUGUUCUCCUCCGGGGACGCGGAACGAAGCUGCAGUCCGGGGCGCGUGCGGAAGGCAUGGAUCGCUGCCCCAGUCUGGGGGUCACCCUCUACGCCCUGGUGGUGGUCCUGGGGCUGCGGGCGGCACCGGCGAGCGGCCAGCACUAUCUCCACAUCCGCCCGGCCCCCAGCGACAACCUGCCCCUGGUGGACCUCAUCGAGCACCCGGACCCUAUCUUUGACCCCAAGGAGAAGGAUCUGAACGAGACGCUGCUACGCUCGCUGCUUGGAGGCCACUACGACCCGGGCUUCAUGGCUACCUCGCCCCCCGAAGACCGGCCCGGCGGAGGCGGAGGAUCGGCCGGCAGCGCGGAAGACCUGGCGGAGCUGGACCAGCUGCUGCGGCAGCGGCCGUCGGGGGCCAUGCCGAGCGAGAUCAAAGGGCUGGAGUUCUCCGAGGGGCUGGCCCCGGGCAAGAAGCAGCGCCUGAGCAAGAAGCUGCGGAGGAAGUUACAGAUGUGGCUGUGGUCGCAGACCUUCUGCCCGGUGCUGUACGCCUGGAACGACCUAGGCAGCCGCUUUUGGCCGCGCUACGUGAAGGUGGGCAGCUGCUUCAGUAAACGCUCGUGCUCUGUGCCGGAGGGCAUGGUGUGCAAGCCGUCCAAGUCCGUGCACCUCACCGUGCUGCGGUGGCGCUGUCAGCGGCGCGGGGGCCAGCGCUGCGGCUGGAUUCCCAUCCAGUACCCCAUCAUCUCCGAGUGCAAGUGCUCCUGCUAGAACUCGGGAACCCCCUGCCCGCACCCGGACACUUGAUCGAUCCUCACCGACUCUCUCUGCACCGUCGCCAACCAGUUCCACCACGCUGUCUCGAAGGGAUUCAAGAUUCAAUGAACUUUUUUUUUUUUUUUUUUUUUUUUUUGGGCUACGGAGAUCUAGCUUUCUGGUUCAUGUAAUGCACUGUGUAACUGUGUAGGAAUGUAUAUCUGUGUGUAUAUACGGUCCCAGUUUUAAUUUACUUAUUAAAAGGUCAGUAAUCAACGUUAAAAGUUACCGGCUUCUACUGUAUUUUUAAAAAAAAAUAAGCAAAAGGAAAAAAAAGAACAGAGAAAAGAGAUACUUAUUCUGGUUGUUGCUAAUAAUGUUAACCUGCUAUUUAUAUUCCAGUGCCCUUCGCAUGGGGAAGCAAGGGGGAAAAGUUAUUUUUUUCUUAAAGUACAAAGAGAGGGGAGAACUUUUGUAGAACGACUUUUAAAAAGCUAUUUUCCAUUCUUCGGAAAGUGUUUUGAUUUUCCUUGGACCUCGAAGAAGCUAUAGAGUUCAAUGUUAUUUUACAGUUAUUGUAAAUAUAGAGAACAAAUGGAAUGACUAAUCAUUGUAAAUUAAGAGUAUCUGCUAUUUAUUCUUUAUAAUAUCCCGUGUAGUAAAUGAGAAAGAAUUGCAGAGCAGGAUUAAAGAAAACCACUAAAAUCUACUGCGCUCCA